GGUGCUCCUCCUUCCCCGCCUCACCUCAUCUCCAGACACCUCUUGCCAUCAUUGCAUCCACCCUUGUGUAAAACCCGCGCCCCCCGCCCCACCCGGCGCCGCACCCCCUCCCUCGGCUGCUCCCGGCAGGCGGGGAGCCGAACGGACUGGGGCGCGCGGGAGGCGCGCAGAGCUCGAGAGCUCUCGGGCUGCCCGAGCUCGCAGCGCCUGGGGAAUUGGGCUGUGGGCGAGGCGGCCAGGGCUGGCCUUUAUCGCUCGCCCCGCUGGUGGUUUGAAACUUUAUCAGCGAGUCUCGCCACUCGCCGCAGACGCGCGGGGGGCGGGGGCGCGGCGAGGCGCCUGCGGCCGUGACGAGGCGCUCCCGGCGCUGAGCGCUUCUGCUCGGGGCACGCAUGGCGCCCGCACACGGAGUCUGACCUGAUGCGGACGCAAGGGGGUUAAUAUGAACGCCCCUCUCGGUGGAAUCUGGCCCUGGCUCCCCCUGCUCUUGACCUGGCUCACCCCUGAGGUCAGCUCUUCAUGGUGGUACAUGAGAGCUACAGGUGGCUCCUCCAGGGUGAUGUGUGACAAUGUGCCAGGCCUGGUGAGCCGCCAGCGGCAGCUGUGCCACCGACACCCAGAUGUGAUGCGUGCCAUUGGCCUAGGCGUGGCCGAGUGGACUGCAGAGUGUCAGCACCAAUUCCGCCAGCACCGCUGGAACUGCAACACCCUCGACAGAGAUCACAGCCUCUUCGGCAGGGUCCUGCUCCGAAGUAGUCGGGAAUCUGCCUUUGUUUACGCCAUCUCCUCAGCGGGAGUUGUGUUUGCCAUCACCAGGGCCUGUAGCCAAGGAGAAUUAAAAUCCUGUUCCUGUGAUCCAAAGAAGAAGGGAACGGCCAAGGACAGCAAGGGAAAUUUCGACUGGGGUGGCUGCAGUGAUAACAUUGACUAUGGGAUCAAAUUUGCCCGAGCAUUUGUGGAUGCCAAGGAAAGGAAAGGAAAGGAUGCCAGAGCCCUGAUGAACCUUCACAACAACAGAGCCGGCAGGAAGGCGGUAAAGCGGUUCUUGAAACAAGAAUGCAAGUGUCACGGAGUGAGUGGCUCGUGUACUCUGAGGACGUGCUGGCUGGCCAUGGCUGAUUUCAGAAAAACGGGCGAUUACCUCUGGAGGAAGUACAACGGGGCCAUCCAGGUCGUCAUGAACCAGGAUGGCACUGGUUUCACUGUGGCUAACAAGAGGUUUAAGAAGCCAACAAAAAAUGACCUCGUGUAUUUUGAGAAUUCUCCAGACUAUUGUAUCAGGGACCGAGAUGCAGGCUCUCUGGGUACAGCAGGCCGUGUAUGCAACCUGACUUCCCGGGGCAUGGACAGCUGCGAGGUCAUGUGCUGCGGGAGAGGCUAUGACACCUCCCACGUCACCCGGAUGACCAAGUGCGAGUGUAAGUUCCACUGGUGCUGUGCCGUGCGCUGUCAGGACUGUCUGGAGGCCCUGGACGUGCACACAUGCAAGGCCCCUAAAAGCGUUGACUGGGCGGCUCCCACAUGACCCCAGAGGAGGUUGCCAUCACCUUCUCUCCUGCAAGGACUCCAUUGGAUCUGCAAGGACACUAGGCCUUUGGGUUUUCUCGGGGAGAUAUUUCCUAAGGCAUGUGACUUUGCCUCAACAGAAGUCCUUCCUCUCCCACCCAGGGGGCCCCAGAACUGGGGCCACAUGUUGCACACAAAGCAUGCCUUAUUCCCUCCGCCUUCGAGCAUUCUGGGCCACAUCUCUUCCUGGUCAGGACAGACUGCUAGGAGGGGAGGGGCCGGCCACAUCACUGUCUCCACCCACCUAGACGUUUCCUCUUUCUAGAGCGGCUGGCCAGAGGGGAAAAGAGUGUCCCAAAGGAGCUUUCUCUGUGUCUCCCAAUAAAUGAUCAUAGUUCAGAAAUCCCAUACUGCUCUCAGGAGGGUAAAGACAGCAGGACCAACUGCCACCGAAUUAACUGUAAAUCCUGAAAAGACCAAGCAAGGCUUUUGCCUGAUCAAGUGAUUUUUGCAGCCACCGCGUCCAGGGGUAAUUGGUAACUGCCUGGAGAAAGAUGGCUUUCAAAGAACUUCAGGUUUAAAACGCAUAUUUUUCAAAGCACUUAUUGCCAUAUUGAAAUUUGACGUAACAAGACGGGACUGUUGUCCUUUGGUACAGUUUUGGAAUCUUUACAAUAGCAAGAGCCUCAGAAAGUCAUUGCUUUGCAUUGACUUAAUAUAAGGCAACUUUCUAUAUAAAGUCCCCUUAAUAUAAAGCAACUUUAGGGAUCUCACUUAAGAUCUGAAGGGAAUUUAAAAGAAAGAUUGAUGAUCUGGCAGUAUUCUGACCUACUGGGGGAGGAUGGAGGAGAAUAACCGCGAGUAAAAUAUCAGAAAAUGUGUCUGUACAGAUAAGGAGAAAAAGGGGAAUAAAAUUUCUGUCUGGUAUGAUGCAUGUGACCCAUGGAAUUUUGUAGUUGAAAUG